AUGAGACGCAAGUUACAGCUUGGUUCGCUUGGCCCCACUUUCCUCGGACAUAUUGUAUCAAACGAAGCCAUUAAGGUUGACACUCAGAAGACAGAGGCCGUGAAGACUUGGCCUAGAAUCACGACACCAACGGAGGUUCGUUAUUUUCUGAGGUUGGCAGGAUAUUACAGGAGAUUUUUAGAAGGCUUCUCCUCUCUUUCAGCACCAUUGACGAAGCUGAAGAAGAAGACAACUAAGUUUCAGUGGAUAGAAGCUUGUGAGUGGAGUUUUCAGGAGUUGAAGAACAGGCUGACUUCAGCACCAGUUAUGGCACUACCAGAGGGAUAA